AUGAAUGAUCUUUAUUUAAAUUGGUUAAAUGAAUUAAAUUCAAAUUAUGUUUCUAUGAAUCAACAAGAUAAUUUAUUGAGUACUAAUUAUAAUGUAAAUAAACAUGAAGAUUAUAUAUCAGAAUGUUCACUAAUCAAUAAUAGUUGUUCCCAAGAUACAUCAGUUUCAAAUUAUAUAACGACAACAACCAUUACUAGCAACAGUAAUACUGAAACAAAUGAACAAAAUCACCUUUUAUUAAAACGUUGUCCCAAUUUUGAAAAUAUCAGUCGUUUAUCGAAUAAUAAUAAUGAUAAUAAUAUUAAUAAUAAUAUUCAACUAAUGGAGGAAAGUAGUAGCUUCUAUGAAGGAUUGAUGAAAUUGUCUGAAAUUGUCAAUGAUGAAAAAGAAGAUCUUGAAAUGAACAAUGAUACACCGACAAAAGUAUGGGGUCGAGAAUUUCGUGAUAGACUACAAAUAUCUGAUACAUCUACAUGUUUACCCUCCAAUUUAUUUGAUGAUAUAAAACCGGAAUUGGAAAUAUGGUCGAAUUUAUUUAAUACGUCAGAAAUUGUUGUAGAUACUGCUAGAGAAAUUUCUACACAAUUAAAUUUAUUAAGUACAUUGGAAGAGGAUGAUGUAAAAGAAGAUAGAAAUGAAUGGGAAGAGAAAGUAGAAGUUCAUGUUGGAAAACAAGCAGAAAAUAAUAAAGACAAUGAAGAAAAUCGAACAGAUCAUGGUCAAUGUGAUAAGAAUGAUAAAGAAGUAGUUGAUUCAAGAAGUCAUAUGUUUAUAACAACACUUGAAAAUGAAAAAUUAGAUGCUUUAAAAGACAAUGAAAUAACUGAAGAUAAUGAAAAACAUGAUAAUACUUUAUCAGACCAUUUCAUUGCAAAACUCUAUACAACACAUAUUGAAGAUGAUACAGAAUUACAUGAUCUUGAAAGAAUCUCUACUCAAUUGGAAACUCACAUCGUUGCUGAAGAAAAUCUAAUGUCUCAACCUUAUAAUUAUGGAAACAUAUAUGAAAAUAAUGUUAGAACGAAUGAAAAAACCGAUCAUUUUGUAUAUUCAGAUACUCCAACUCUUACUACUACUUCUAAAUCAAAUGAAAGUAAUCAUAACAUGAUUUCUUAUCAAAAUAUGAAAUUGAAAUGUAAAAAUAAUCAAUUUCCAUAUACAUCACUACCUAUUGAUAAACUAAUAGACAAUUCUAAACAAAAAGAAGAAACAUUUAAGAAUACAAAAGAAGACUUAUAUCAUUCAGACAUAUUGGAAUUCUAUGAACACGUGAUCCCAACAAUAAAUUCUUCUCUAUCAUUGGAUAAUUCAUAUUCUGCCUCUAUUCAAAGUCCAAAUAAUCUAGAUGAGAAGAAUAGUAUUAUAAAUGAAAUUCUCUAUCCUUAUUAUCCAUAUGAACAACAACUAACUCAAUAUAAUUCAACUUAUACAUAUAUGAACAAUAAACAAUAUUAUUCAUUGAUUCAUUUGAAUAAGGAAGGCAGUCAUUUAGAAUUAACCAAUAAUCAUAAAGUUGGAUUGAAAAAAUCGAAUAGAAAAAAUGAUCAGAAUAAAACAAUCAUUGAACAUUAUAAAACUGAUCAAUUAUCAAUAUUAAAUAAUUCAAUAGAAAAAUCAAUAGAAAAAUCAUUUAAUAAUAAUAAUAAUAAUUUAAUAACAUUUUCUGAUACUACUCAAAAGUUAUUUAAUAAUACUACUAAUACUACUAUUACUACUAAUACACCAACUUGUAUUGGAAUCAAACAACAAUCUACUAAUAAUUCAUUAUCAUUAACAAAACCAUUUUGUUGUUUUAAUGAAAAAUUAUUAAAACGUGCACAAUUAAUUUUAUCGAAUUCACCAAUUACUAAUGAACCGGAUCCAACUGAUACAUUAUUAGCUUUAACUGAAGACAAUAAUAAUAAUAAUAAUAAUAAUCAAUAUAAGAGAUCACAUCAAACAAGUUUCUGUAAAUCAUCAAUAAAAAAUUAUUUUCUAUCAUUAUCUUGUCCACAAUCAUUAAGUAAUCAGCUAUUAGAGGAUAAUUAUGAUACUUUAUCAGAUGGUAGUGAUUUUUCCAUUCAUGUACCUAUUACAAAUUCAAUUCUUAAUGAAAAUACAUUUAAUGAAUCGAAAUUAUCAUUAAUACCUAAUUUUAAAGAAUUUUAUGCUAAUAAACAUUUAUGGGAAUCUAUUCAUUCACAAUGGUAUAUACAUAUAUUAAAACGUAUUACUGACGAAGCUAAAUUAAUAUCAAUACCAGAACAAAUAAUCUAUUACGAUAAUUUACAUACGGAAUAUAUGUCAUCUUCGUCUAGUUCACGUGGUUCAUAUUUUACAAAUCAAAGAAGAAGACCACAUUCUUCUGCUUAUAGUUAUGAAGUAAAUGGUUUAGUAGAUGAUUUACCUGGAACUUAUGAAAGUCCUAAUUCAUCAUCAUCAAUUAUUUAUUCAAGACAUUUAUAUAAUCAUAGAUCAUUACAUGAUGUUUAUCCGGAUAGAUUUAUUAAAUCAUUCAAUGAUGAUGAUAAUUAUGGAAUAAAUUUAAAACCAAUUUCAAAAAGUAAUUUGAAAACUUCAUAUGAUCCACGAUCAUAUAGAUCAUAUUCAGAGGCUGGUACAUCACAUCAUUAUCAUCCUCAUCAUCAUCAUUAUCCUCGUGAAAAAGAUAAAACUGGUCUAGCAUCAAUUAUUCAUCAUGAUCGUCGAAAUAAGUCAGGAUUAAUUCAUCAUACUUCAAGUCGUUCAAAACACUUAAAACCAAAUGAUGUUGAAAGUGUUUUACAACAAAGAAUUUUAAAAGAUUCUAAUAGACGUAUAAAAUCAACAGAAUUAGAUAAAUCAAAAGAUUCCGUAUAUUCAACACGAUUUAAUAAAAAUUAUCAAGAUUAUGAAAUAAGUCAUAGAAUAAAAAGAGGGAAUUUAAGAAGUUAUACACCAACUUAUAAAUCGUUUCAUACUCCACAAACAAAAUGGUCAAAUGAUAAUAGUUUUUUAGAAGUUGGUUCAUAUUUUUCUUUACCUUUAAAAGAUUAUGGUAGAAAAGGAAUAAAACAUUCACGACCUACAUUGACUAAUCAACGUUAUGAUCCAUCUAGUAUAGAAUUUUCACUACAACAAAAAGUCCCAUCUGAUGAAUGGAAUAAAUCUGAUCAUUUAACUCGAAGAAUUGGAAAUCUAUCCAAAUCAACUGGUCAUUUAAGUCAUUUAGAUGAUUUAAACAAAUUUUCAGGUUCUACUUCUAUGCAAACUUUAAGAGCUCGAUUAGCUGCUGCACAUUCAGAAUUUAAUUUAGACUAUCAAGAAAAUAUAUCGGACUCAUAUGAGUUACAAAAAUUGGACAGUAACAAAUUUGGUUCACUUGAUCGUCGAACUGAUUCAAAUGAGUUUACAACUCGACAACUAAGACAACAAGUAGAACAACAUCAUCGUCGUUUACUUAAAAGUUUAAUGACUGAUGAACCUUAUGAAUCUAGUUGGCCAUCUAGUUUUUCAAAUUUUGAUCUUCAAGGAUACUUAAACUCAUAUUGUGAUGAAUCAGAAAUGCGACCAACAACUCUUAUUUCAUCUACUUUAGCACCACCAAUAUUUUCUACAGCCUCAACAAGACUUCCGUUAAGUAUUGAACAAGGUAAAAUAGAUGAAACAAUGGUAGAACCUACAAACUAUACAUCUACAACUGACCAACAGUUUCUGUCCGUACCAAAUAUGUUAACUACAUCGAAUUUGAAUUCUACCGCUCCAGUAGUAUUGCCAAAUCAAGUACCUUUAAUAAAUAAUUUAGCUGACAACAUAAUGAAUAAUACAAUCAUAAAUCAGCCUACAUCGGUCAGUUUAAAUGAACAAAUACCAGUUUCAAAUAACACAUUAAUCGAGCUUAUUAAUAAUCCUGAUUUUAUACAAGCUCUUACAUAUAAUCCAGAACUUAUUAACCAAAUAAAUUCAAUGUGCCUAGAUCUCGCGCCAGCUGAUUUGAAUCAAGUAACCUUAGCAGCUGUUGCUGGAGCAAUCGCAGCCACAGCUGUAGCUGGUUCUGGGAUGUUAGAUAAUAAUACUACUUCUGAUAAUAUUAAUAAUGUCAUUACAUGUCACCGACUAAUGAACACAUUAUCAAUAGUCUACUACAAAAUACAAUUGCAUCAGAUCAAAUGA